AUGGAGACCAAAUCCAUAGGAGAAGAAAAUAAAUCGAUAAGAACUCAUAGCGAUGAAACAAGGGUACCUGAAAUAUUUUCAAGCUCUGAAAAACUUACGCUAUUUGAAUUCGCUAACUUAAAAAAAACCUUUUCCGGUACAGAAAUCAUACGCACGUCCUCAGAUAUCUGUCGAAUUAACUAUCUGAGGCAGCAAGAUAGUACCUUCUCCGAGGAAAGUAUCAAAGGACGCAAUGAUCUUCUGUUCGGAAAUAGAACUCCUUCACAAGCAUCAGUUCCACCUCAGACUAAACAAGUAGAAGAUAUACUCAAAGAGCAGUUCUUCCCACACGUGACAAAUUUGAUGAAUGAAGACCAAUUAUGGGGAAGUUUUUAUCCGUUCUCCGAAUUAUAUUCCGACGUGUAUUCCCCCGUGGUGCAUGUGAAGAAACCUGAGGACGUGCCUGAAGUUCCCGGAGGUGUACUGACACACGAAUUAGUGGGAGCCUGCCUCAGCUAUUUAAAGCGAAUCCCAUUACUGGGAGACUUUGUUUUUAUAAAACUUGACCUUUCAUCAAAGACACUAACUAACAUCGAUAUACUCAAACAAUAUAAGUUUUUGGUAUACCUCGAUCUGUCGUCAAACUUCUUAACGGAUUUGUCUGUUUUAUCAUACUUGCCAUAUCUGCAGUAUCUCUCCGUAUCUUUCAACAGACUGAAUACUGUUCUUAACUAUGACACUCCGCAAUGGUUUUUAACUGAAGUUCAUUAUAAAUACAAUUCCAUAAUAAGAAUAAGAGAUUUGAGUGAGUUUUGGUCGAUCACUGUCUUGGACUUGUCGCAUAAUAAUAUAAAACGUAUCAGUGGAUUUGAAAAUUUAAGAUAUUUACGUCAUCUCGACCUAUCCUUCAACCACAUACAGAGACUUGAAAAUCUGAAUCACCUCCGAUUGUUGUGGUUGGAUCUAUCCUACAAUAACAUAUCGAGUUUCGAGUUCAGUCAAAACACAGGCCUAUGGACGCUUCUAGAUCUUAAAUAUUUGAAUAUAAGCGAAAAUAAUCUGAUAUGCAUGAAGAUAUUUUCAGGAUGUUCCAGAUUGCAUGAAUUGUACGCGCGAAAUAACAGACUCGGUGUUCUCCUGGAGUUGGCGGUUUAUCUCCGGCAAAUGCGCCGCCUGACUAUCCUGGACCUGCGCUCUAACCCCGUAUGCUCGACUCCUGGUUACAAGGAUGUAAUCUAUAUCACAUUCCCUUAUCUUAUCAAUCUCGACGGUGAAGCCAUCGACCCUAUUAAACAACAAUAUUCUAAAAUGCAAAUGUUGACUGAUGUGAGAAUAUUCGCGUCGUGUCGUUUACUCCGGCUCUUAUACAUCGAGCAGUUAUCGAAAGCGAAGGUGUCGCCGUUCACGCCACCGGCUGACACCACGGAUGUUCCCCUGGUUGUCAUUGUGGGCUACGAUGCUGUUGGUAAAGGUACCCUCGCACGACGUCUCGCCAAAGAAUGCAGCUCUAACAUACAAUUAGGAAGACAACAUACGACAGCUACACAUCACUUCUCCGAUCAUUACAUAGUUGUGUCGAGGAAAAAGUUUGAUGAAAUGAUUAUUGCUGGAGAAUUUCUGACAUACAGCGAAAAAGAGGGAGAAUCGUAUGGACUAAGUCGAGAAGAAGCAUACAUAAAUAAAGGAAAGGUGCGACUUACGACAAUGGAUUUAAUUGGGGCCUUAAUGUUGAAACUUCGAGGACGACGGCCAUACUUAAUUUUAGCAUCAUGCUCAGAUAAAUCUGACCUGUUUCACAGGCAACAAGAGAGAAAAGAAGCCCAUAACGAAGACAACGUGAAGAAAUUAUCCAUGAUGCUGCCACAAGAAAUAUCAACCCUGCAAAUACUGUUAUCUGGACGAAUUAUUAUUACCGGAAUUCUAAAUGAAAUCCUUUUAACAUUGCCAGAUGGAAAAGACCAUAGCGAAUUUUUAUAUGCCUCAGAAUGUUCGCUUAAGAUGGACAGUGAUACCAAACGUGGAGAAGAAAAAGGACAUAAGAGUGCAAAUAAAUUCGACGCAAUAACUUUGAGCUCAUCCUCUUUUAGAGGUUAUGGUAAGAAAUCUGAAACCAACAACGAAGCAGGUGGCGCCAGCAUGUAUUCACUGUACAAGUCGCAAGGCACCGGCGAGUACGUCAGUGAGGUAGACGGACAGAUCUCCUUCCAGGAGAAGAAUUUUAAAAGGUCGGAUCAUCGUGGAACAACACAAAAAGGAGAUAAACAGUCGAAUAUUAAUAAAAGUGUGGAUUUUACAAAGUACACUUCAUCAACUUGGAAAGGAGUACCGGUGAUGUACGGUAGCACAAAAUCUUCGAAGUCCGUAACAUUCACAUCUCAAGAUAUUGACGACUUGGACGAUCAUGUGCCAGAUGCGUCCGGACUUAUGGUCGAGCCCCAACCCGACAUUGAUCCAGCGGAAUAUGCAAAAUCGGGCAGAUCGAUAAGCACAAAGAUCUGUACGUAUUUACAUCCCGAGUUGGAUGGCCAUGACUCUGACAUAUGGCUCGCCUUCCUAGUCGAUGCGGGCCUUUUACAAGCCAGUGAAAUAGCUUUGGAACCGUCCGAAUCAACACUUGGUCAUGAUAAUAAAGAUGAAUUGGACUACUUGAUAAAACAAAUAGAACACCACAAGAUAGCAUCGGAAUCUUACACUACAAACAUCAGAGACGACUACGAAGAUAUUCAUAGAAAAAUACCAGGAUUGUUUUGGAACACCGUAUCAAUGGACAAUCCUGAUAUUGCAUUCAAAAAGAUGAAGAGAAUUAUUCAAGAUAUAGUAAACUCACAGAAGCAUCUUGAGCCAAUGUUUGAUACAGAUUUUGGUAAUAUGGACCAUCCUAUAAUUAAGAAAAGAUUAAAUAAAAUAUGCAGUCAAAUAGCACCUCGGAGACUUUUCUUGUAA